AGACAAUUUACACUACUGCUAGAGCUUGAGUUAUAAUGGUUGUAGCAAUGGAUAAAUUUACAGUGCAAUGUUCUUUGGUCGGUGAUGGAAUGGUGGGGAAAUCUUCCCUAGCUAAAGCCAUCACUGGACAAAUUCUGGACGAUGGAUAUAUUGCCACAACAGAGGAUAACUUCACUGCCUCCAUGUCAGUUGCAGGAGACAAAUAUUCUCUCAGCAUCCUGGAUUUAUCAGGACAGCAUGACUAUGAGAAAGUCAGAACGCAGGACUACAGAAGCAACGAUAUUUUUGUCGUCUGCUUUAGCACAGUUGAUCGGGAGUCCUUGGAAAACGUCAAAGAUUUUUGGAUACCCGAGAUUCGCCAGAUCGACAGAAAACGCCCCGUUGUUUUGGUGGGAACUCAAACCGAUCUUAGAAAGGAGGGUUCUAGCCAUGUUACUAAAGAAGAAGGUGAAAAUCUCGCCAAGCAGAUUGGGGCAUUUAGUUAUCUGGAGUGUUCAGCGGUGCAGAAAACUGGCGUCAAAGACGUUUUCGAACAGGUCGUGAUGGCAACCCUUAAAUGCAGAAAGCGCCGAUCCAGCCUCAUCAAGCGAGUUUUCAGCCGAUGAAGACCCCGGUGCAGCAAUGCAUGGAUUUAACUUAAAUAUGAUUACCCGAUCAUAUGAAUUCUCAGUGUCCAAAAACGCUGUCAUGGACUAGCGAGAACUUUCGUAGUGUCAAGUGGGAACUCUUGAUUCGAAAUAGCUGGUUGUGACUGAGCAAGAGGAUACUAGCAAUUUACUGAGUAGUCAUCUUCAACUCAAAAAUACGACGUGUUUGCACAGAAUUUCCACAACAGACAUUUUGCUUUCGUAGAAUUCAAAAUCAAACGGUAAUUCUAAACACGUUGUUUUUGAGCAAGUCAAAAACUGUGCCUUUUUAUUAAAGACAUUGAAAGACUGCCUUUCCUCAUAACAAAGGUGCAUCUUAACCAAACAGUACAGGGCGUAUAACGUGUUCCUCUUCACAAAACCAUUUAAUGGAUCUGAACUUUCCUGAAGCGAUAGCUCACCUUCGGGCCAGUAGUAUAUUCUUUGAUGAAACCCAUCAGGUGUAAAAUAAUAUUCCAUCAUCAUGAUUUUCUUCUUAAGUGGCAUGACUUUACAAUAUGUGAGACCCUGACACUUACUUGAUUUAUUGCAAUAAUGAUCUAUUAAUGUAAAAUUGUGUCUGCAAUUGAACCUUUGUAAAGAUAUCACCAUGCUAUGAAGAAUAAAUGCAUUAAAAUUAUUUUACCUGUC